ACCCCAAAUUCCUUUUUCAUCCGUACUAACCUCGUGCUGGGGACACGUCGGUACUUCAACGUAGAACGCUGGGUAAAUCAGUCAAACCCUAAACCUCUUAAUCCAACUGAAAUUUUAAUUUCAUUCUCCAUUUUUCUCUCUCUUCUUCUCUCUUCUUUUUGGUUGUUGCCUUGCUGCGUUUUCCUUUUUCCUUUUUUUUUUUUUUUUUGCUUUUUUUUCCUCUCCUUUUUUUGGGGUUUAUUGGUUGUUUAUCUCCACUGGGCAUCGCCGCUUCUCAAAGCUUAUCUCUUCUUCCUGGUGGAAUUCUUGGAUUUCUAUUUAACAAUUCUGUUUAUUGAACUACUAGUCACUCUCAGUCUUUGUCUUUACUCUUUCACUGUUUUAGCUCUUGCAGGGGAUCCCAAAAAAUCCAAUUAUUUAUCAUCUGCACAAGUACCGCUCAACUCAGGCUUCCUUCUCCUGAUUUCAUCAAAAUGCAGGCUUUUUUCUUGGGUCAUUGACUCCAUUUUCCUUUGCUUUGUGAGACAUUGCCCCUUCAUUUCCCGAUCUUGACACCGUGAUCAUGAUUUAUCUCAAGAUUCUCGUGUUUUUUGGGCGAUUCAGCUAGUGGUUGUGAAUCAUUGUGAAAUAUACUCUAUGAUGCACGGUUUCGAGAAAAUUUCCUCAGUAUAAAUCUUCGCCAUUGGUGGUUUCUUGUUGGGUUUUCAACUGAAAACCUUAUCUGGGUUCAGGUAUUAAGUCUUUCUCUACUGAUAUCCGGUAAUGAAUCUAUGUUACUUUUUGGACUCGAUGGUGUAAAUUGAGAAGAGAAUUAAUCGCUCCAUUGACGGUUCCAAGCACAAGAUUCAACUGUUCUUUUAUAUUUGCUGUUAUUUCGACAAUUGUUUAUCUGAAUUUUGGUGAUACGGAUAAAUGCUGGGAAGGUUCCCAAAUUGUUGAGUUUCAUUCCGGUCUGUGAGAGCUUCUUUUACAAGAAACUCCAAAAGAGAAGGCGAAAAGAAAAUAAAGGAUUUCAACGGUUGGAACCUUCAAGGCUGCUUUAUACUCUUUCCUUGGCGAAUCUAUUUUCUUUAUACAGUACCCGUUGAUUUCAUUUAUUGGAGAUAGAGAAACAGACAUGUCACCCACUAACUGUGGAUUGUCAGUCUAAGACCAGGUGUUUUUGAAGCUUCUUUGGCAGAAUUUACUGCAUCGUAUCUCUAAGUUCCGUUUCUAAAUACUUGGAUCUCAGGUACUAUUAAUUUAUUAAAUAGAAGACUUCUGGUGUUGACUUCCUGGGUGUUUUACUGUGAGAUUUCAUAAGGUUAAUCAGGUGGCAUUGUGCUGAAUUGUUUUCAAAGCAUCCAUGGGGCUUCUUCGAAGUCUCGUGAUGAUGCUUCUUCUCAUAUGUUUCCUCUGGUUACCGGGUUAUAGGGCUCAACUGCCUAAUUCUGCGCAUGAGCUCGAUGUUCUCCUCCAAGACUAUGCUUACAGGGCAUUGGUUCGUCCCAGGACUGGCUUGCCUUAUGAUGGGGCUGUUCCCUCAGAUUUGGAUGGGAUUAAGAUUGCAGCAUUGAGGCUCAGGAGUGGGAGUUUAAGGAGGAAAGGUGUUGCCAUGUACAAAGAAUUUCAGAUCCCAGUGGGAGUUAUUGAGCAGCCGUAUGUGGAGAGGCUUGUUCUGGUAUAUCAAAAUCUGGGAAAUUGGUCUCAGAGGUAUUAUUCACUAGACGGUUACACUUACCUUGCUCCAGUUCUGGGUCUUCUUGCUUAUAAUGCCUCAAACUUAUCUGCUACCAAUUUACCGUUAUUGGACAUUAGAGCAUCUGGCAAUCCCAUAACCAUCAAAUUCUCAGAUGUUAAAUUAGCUCCAGAUGGGUAUGUUGCUAUGUGUGUUUGGUUUGAUUUACAGGGUAAUCCAAAUUUUAGUAAUGUGGCAUCUGGCAAUGAAUGUUCCACAAUUCAACAGGGGCAUUUUGCUAUAGUUGUCAAUUCUACUGCCCUUCCUCCAGCACCAGUUUCUCCACCACCAAGAGAACGCAGAAAGAAAAAAACUUCUAAAGUGUGGAUAAUUGUUGGUUCUGUGCUGGGUGGACUAUUGUUGUUGGUGCUUUUGUCAUUUCUGGUGUUGUGGGUACAUAAAUUGAAGGAAAGGAAAAAAAUGCAACAGAUGGAGAGGGCUGCAGAGGUGGGAGAAGCCCUGCAAAUGACAUCAAUUGGGGAAACAAAAGCACCAGCAGCAAUGGUGACUCGAACUCAACCUACCCUUGAGAACGAAUACGUGCCUUAACUCCCACCAUUUGUACAAGCUUCCUCUCUCUUUCCACAGCAAUUCUUAUUCAACUUCAAUUCUUGUAUUCAGAAAUUCUUCCAAUUGCACCUAUUUUUGGUGGUGUCUCCUGCUCGUGCACUGUUUGGUCUUUAGUAGGCUUUUGGUUGUAGUGUGGGUAAUAUAGGAUUUUUGUGUAAAUCUGUUAUCACUCACAGAUCGUCCAUAGGUUUAUGAUUCAUUGUGGUGUGCAUUUAGCCGAAAGUGAUUCUAUAUGUGAUGAAUUUAGUUUUUCCAUUGACAAGGAAUAAAACUUUUUUGGUGGUGCAUUCACUUCUA